AGAAGAAGCGGGAAAGGUAUAAACAAAAAUGGAUGUCAGAAAAGACUCCUGUGAUGAUUUAGACAUUCUCCCUUCGUCCAAUUUGCAAUUGUACGAGUCGCAGUUUUUCGGCUUCACUCCGCAGACAUGCAUGUUGCGGGUCUACAGCGCCUUCUGGGACUGUCUGUGCGACAUCUUGCCGGUCGUGGAGACAGAGUGUGUGCGACAACUGAGGAAAGGCAAGUCGGAAGCAGCGGUGGAGCAGCUCCGGGUGCGAGCUAGGGAGUGUACCCGGAAGCUACAACACUUUUUAUGUCAGCGUUUUAAGCAGAUAUCAGAGGCCAUGGAUGCACUUUUGGUUACUCGCUGUUUGUCUAUUCCGCCCAAUGUCCUGCUGCCGGAGGACCAGCCCCACAGUAAACAUCCCCCGGACACGCAGGAGAUGCUCAGACUGGAGUCGUCCGUGACUGACCUCCACAGGGCCUAUGAGGCGGAGGUGUGCGCCAGACAUGCUUUGCAGGCCGAGCUGGAGGAGCAAGCAGUUGUGCAGAAGCAGCUGGAUGACUUCCUGACAUGGAUCAGAGAGCUCCAGACUGCCUGGCUUAUGGAGGGAAACGGCAGCUUCCAGGAAAGUUUCCAACUGGUGACGGCCUCUGUGAAGAAACUGCAGGAUGCCAUAGUGGAGGUGUGCAACAAGGCCCCUUGAUAAAAUUAUAUUACUUUUUGCAUUCCGCUCUACUCUUAAAUCUGUAUGAUAUGCAAUGCGGGAAAGGUAGAAGCUAAUCAUUGUUUUAAUAUGGUUUGUCCUUAAUAAAUAAAAACUGCCGUAUCCAGAAAACAUGUAAUCAUGGUCACCCCCAGCCGGUUGUUUGUAAAAAUUGCAUCUGGUUCCAGUAGUAACAAGAGUAAGGUGGAUAAGGAAAACCAGAAGGAUAGUGGCAAUAGCAUUGUCAUUCUGUAUGUGUCAGAGGCAUGUACUACAAAGCAGGAUUUCUUAUAUGCAGGACAAGUUUGAGGAUUAACUUUGGAUAUGGAUUUAGCAGGAUAUGUCGCCAAAGUAACUUUGUGGAACUACCCUGGUCGGGAGCCGGCUAUGUUAAGGGAUAAGAGACCAUAGCCAAUAUCAGUGCCAAUUACUGACCGAUACAGUACAUGUAUAAAAGCCCCGUCUACUAACCUGCAGGUUUCAAACUUAAGGCCUGUAGGCCAGAUCUGGCCACAUAAUUUUUCUGUGGUCCACGAAAACCCAUAAAUAAUGUGCAUCAAUAAAGCAUCUCAUCUUUGUUGAUAAAUAUUUGAUCUUUCAAUUUUCCAUCCAUC